AUGGCUUCAGAAAAAAAUGUAACAAUAUCUUCAUUAUGGCCCAUAUAUCAGCAGUUAAAAUUACAAUUUUAUAAGCAGACAAAUGAAAGUCAUUCACAAAGUGUAUCUAUUAAUGAUUCAGCUCCGUUGUUUGCUGACUCGCAAGAAGGUAUACUCGAUAGUCAACCUACAGUAGAAGAAACUUCAGACUUCUUUUCUCAGUUAAAUGAUGAUUCUACAGAAGAUUGUGAAGAGGAAAUUUUAAGUCAAACAUUAAUUCAAGCAUUAGACCAUGUUGAACAAUUGGUAUCUGAUGCUAUAUUUGGAAAACUUUCUAAACGUUUCAAUGAUAAUAUUAGAACCAAACAAUUAAUACAACUAACAUCAUUUUUGGAUCCUCGCUAUAAAUCUUGUUUAAUUGGUUAUGAGUUCUAUAUGGUUAAGAAACAACUUGUCGCAGAAAUGGAACUUAAUGGUAUGAAAGCUGUCGACCCAAGUUCAUCACCACCAUCAAAAAAAAAAAGUUAUUCUGGUAUAGCUUCAUUUUUGAGUACAAGUUUACCCUCUAAUUCUGCUUCAAAUGAUGAGAAUAUUUUUGAAACUGAGAUUGAAAAAUACAACCAAAUGCCCAAGGUAGAUUUGGAUACAGAUCCUCUAAACUGGUGGAAAAUAUUCAAUUCAGAGUUUCCAAACAUAUCUCGGUUAGCAAAGAAGUAUCUAUGCGUCCAAGGUACUAGUGUACCAUGUGAAAG